UCUAGACAUGAAAAUUGAAAGAUUUUCAUAUUUUCGCAAGUUUUCUACUGAUAUUUUGAUUUCGUUGUAUUAACUUUUAGUUUCAAUGCGCUCUAAAAUACAAUUUUUACAAACACACUUAACAUUUGGUGGAUAAAAGUAUAAUAUUUAAUUAAAAAAGAAAAUUCUGGGCUAUUGUGCUUAUGUAUUCGAAUUGUUAUAUUAUGUUUCUAUUAUUUAUUUAUUACUCCCUUAAUUUACCUUGUAAUAUAAAUGAAGUAGUGUUAUCCAACGAAUAGGGAAGCUUCCCGUUACAAAUGAAAAAAUUAGUUCAUGACGCUUUUAUUUUGGAGUAUAUCUUAUUGUUAAUUUAAGAUUACCUAGAUAUGGAAGAUGAGGAACCAAAAUCAAAGAAGCAAUAUAAAUGUGCACAUGUUGGCUGUUCAGCUGAAUUUGAUAGACCUCAUAGAUUAACACAACAUCACUUAACACAUUUUAACUAUAAACCAUUUACCUGUGUUGAAGAUGGCUGUGGAAAAUCAUACACAAGCAAAAGUCACUUAGAGAGACAUAUAAAUAGUGCACAUAGAAGCUAUAAUACAGAUGUAUUGUAUACCUGUCCAAAAUGUUUAAAACAAUAUGCAAACAGGCAAAAUUUAAAAAGGCAUUAUAAAAUACAGCAUCUUGAUGGAACCAAACCAUUUGCAUGUGAACAGUGUCCACUCUCCUUUAAACAUAAGCAUCAAUUGAGCACUCAUAUGUAUCAUCACACAGGAAUUAAGGCUUUCAAUUGUCCAAUGUGUCCAAAACAAUUUGUGACUAUAACGGAACAGAAGAAGCAUAUAAGAAACCAUAAAGUGUUCACAUGUGAGCACUGCAAUCAACAAUUUACAAGAUGGACGGAUGUAUUGCGUCACAAGCAGACAAAUCAUCAGUCCGAAGAAUAUAUAUGUGAUGAUUGUGGAAAAACAUUUAACCGAAGACAGCACAUAGUCCGUCAUGUUAAACUUCACGCGAAUUCCAGGGAAAAUUCAAUUUACUUUUGCCCUUUUGAAAACUGUUUUAGGCAUUAUUCAAGGAACAGCAAUCUAAAGCAGCACAUACAAGUAAAACAUGAAGGGAUGACAUUUAAUUGCCAUCUUUGUGAUGCAAAAUUGACUACAAUGGCAAAAUUGAAUGAACACAUAGAAAGGCACAAUCGUCCUGCAAUGUAUAAGCCACCAAAGACAUUAGUUACAGGUAGAAAAAAACGCAAAGAUGCCUAUGUUCCAAGGACUAAUACAGCCCUGAAAUUAGCAGGACUGCACUGUUCCUUUGAACAAAAUCCAUAUAUGGCUCAAGGUGGAACUGUUGAACCUAAUGUAGAAAAUGGAGGUGUCAACCAGCUGUGUAAUAUAGGAAUCCAACACGAAAAUCCUGUAAUCAUUUGAAUUUAAAACUGAUUAGUUGAAAAUUGUGGUAGUACCUCGAAUGUACAAUAAAAAAAAUAUUUAUAAUUAA